AUGUUGUCAAAAUGGACACAACGAGCUGCGCAAUUGUUUGCAGUAUACCUUGUGACACAUUUGAUCGUGAUAGUGGUGGACAACAGGAGUAUCACUGAUCAGACACAAAUAAAAAGUAAAAAAAUUUCUGAUGGUCCAUUAAUCGUUAAGGAUUCUCCUGAAAAUGUAAAUGAAGGAGAAGACGAGGACAUUGAUGUUACAUCGGCAGGUUUGAAAGCAGAUCAAGAAAAUUUGGCACCUCAUUUAGUUGAACCCGUGUUACAAAAGAUGCCGAUAAUUGCUAAGAAAUUUUUUGAGAAUUUCAAGCGUGAAGCGAAAAUAGUACACUCGAAGUCCGACGAUUUCUUGUUAUUUACUUUGAUCAAUGGGGCCUAUUUGAAUUUGACUCUAAACUGGUUAUGUAACGUGGCACCAUUUCGGACAUCAAUCCAUCGUAAAACGUUAAUUGUCAGCUUGGAUGCAGAAACUUGCAAAGUGAUCCAGAAGAAUUGGAAAGAAGUGAAGUGUAUGUAUGUUAAAGUGCACGGUGAUUACAAUGCUCCACUUAGUUGGGGACGACAAAACUAUAUCAAUUUACUCAGUCUUCGUUCACAACUUUUGCUAAUUCUUGCUCAGGUAUUACAGCUAGGAUUGCCAUAUAUUUUAUUUGAAACCGAUGCGGUUUGGUUACGUGAUCCUAUGGAAUUCUUUCAUAACCAAACACUUAUCGAUGAUGCUGACAUUAUUGUACCGGUGAAAGGUUAUCCGGAUCACAGCUUAACGUAUGCAUUCGAUCCAAUGAUCGUUUAUCCUUCAAAUGCAUCUCUUGUAUUGAUGCGUGAAUUAAAUUUACAGCUUUCAAAAGAUCCGAAACUGUAUGACCAGGAUGUUCUGGAUCAGCUAUGUCGUCAGCAGUAUUUUGGAUUGGUAUGUCGUCAAUUUGAAUGGAGUGAAAUAGCUGAUGGAAAAUGGUUCAAACUGUCGGAAUCGGAACGAGCUCAUUUGAGACCGUAUAUUAUUAACAACAACUAUUACAUUGGCGUCGAUAAUAAAAUCAGUCGGCAGGCGUUAAAUGGUUUAUGGUUUCUAUCAGUCAAAAACAGUUGUAACAUCUCAAAAGUUCGAAAUCUGCUACGUAAAUAUGAAUCGUAG